AUGGUGGCACCCCUUGGCACAUUUGCGCGUCCUUUGCAUGUGGCCAUGCCAUGUGUGGGAAUAGACGGAUGUGGAACGGCCUUGAAGCUGAUGUCGGUUCCCUUUGUGGCAAACAAUGUCAUGGACAUAGAAGGCAGGUAUGAAGAAUACUUGACCCAACACCUUGGCCAAUCCAAUCUGCACCUUGGCCCAACAAAGGGCGAUGUCAAUUCCAUUUCCCUCCAGGGAUUGGAAAGGCCAGUGGACAUGAUCGCCUCAGGGCCACCAUGCCCGCCCUGGGCGGGCAAUGGUAAACAUGAGGGGCAAGCAGACGCUCGGUCUACAGUGUUCUUGUCGGUUGUAAAGAUGAUCCUAGGAUUCAUCAAGGCUGGCGAGUUGAAAGCAGCAGUAUUAGAGAACGUAAGAGGCAUUCAGUCAAAGCAACGGGGAGCAUCUGAAUCCUUCAUCCACAAACUCGUCUAUAUACUCCAACAACAGGUUCCGGAGUUUCAUUGGGAGGUCGUGGAGCUUCAGGCGGCAAGCUACAUGCUUGCCCAGCAAAGGGGACGCAUCUUUUUGAGGGGCCUGAGGACAUCCAUUGCGCCCCAAGUUCCAACGCCACUGAGUCCAUUUGGAAAUCGCACCCUCCAGGAGUUCUUAGAUGAGUCCCUCCCAUGCAUCGACCGCAAUUCCUUGACGGCCUGCAUGCAGAAGAAUCUCAUGGGCGCAGAAGUUGUAAUGAAGCAAAUGCUGACAGAUGGGAAAGUGGAGCCCACAGACCUUUUGGUCUUUCCACUAGAUCGAGCUGAUGGUAAGGUGUAUCAGCGCAGGUAUUCCAUCAACCUGGUACCAACCCUUACCACCACGAACAAAUACUUGUUUGUAGCAUCUUUGGAUUUUCACAGAAAGGACGCCAAGCGCAAGUGCUUUCGCUUCUUGCAUCCCUCAGAGAGGAUGGUGUUGCAGGGCUUUUCAAAGGAUGUGCUUGAUGGCUGCCCUGAUUCCUUGAGAGUUCAGGGGUCUGGCAACGCCUGCCCUGUACCGUUGCUGACGGCAGUUCUACAUCCUAUCCUUGAAGCCAUUCGGCCAACCAUCAAGUCAGCAAUUCCUGCAGGCGGCAGCUUGACUUGUGCUGCAGCAACAGCUGCCUGUGCGAAGUUUGAUCUUUAUAUGGAGGAGUGCGCGCAGAGUAUGUCUGGCCCUUUGACAAAUGCUUUGGCCAAAAGAUCCAUGAAAGUUGCAAAGCCUAUGAAAUCCGCUCCAAAACGAAUAAAGGCUGCAAAACCGAUGAAGGCUCCAAAAUCGACGAAGGCCACCAAGAAGAAGAGCCCUCAGAAGCAUAGCAAAAACACCAAGAAGAGGCUUACAGACAUGCUUGGUUUCCUCACCACGUUGAGAGGCCUUAAGUCUGAUGCAGACUCCAUUGACACCCAAAAGAGGCUGCUCAAUGCUUGUUUGGUGGAUGUACGGCAAAGUCCAGGUUUUUCAGCCAGUGAUGGCAAGAAGAUGUUGGAGGAGGUUCGAUCUGCGACGAUUCCUGAUUGGAUGAGAGAUGAAAUACUACAGUGCGUACAGGACAUGGUUGUUUCAGGUGUUGGUGGAGAGAAAGAACGUAAGGGCAGAGUGCCUAUGCAAAGGAACCUUCACCUGUACAAUUACUUUACGCAGGAUGAGUGGGACAGUUUGGGAAACAGCUGCAACACCCUCGACACCAAACUACAGGUGGUGAGUAAGCGGUGUGGUUUGAUUGGCCUUACAGCUCCGGCGGAGACCACAUACGUCCUUGCAGUGUCCAUCAUCAUCAUGGCUUGCCACAAGGGCCAGCCCGAAGAUUUUGUCAUCGAUGCUCAGAAAACAUUUGGGAUGCUCAAAGAUUUGAAGAAAGAUGAGAAUGUGAAAGAAUUUAUGAUGAUGCAAAUGUUUGAGCACAUGAUGUCGCGCCACAACAAAAGUCAUGUGACACCACAGGUUGUGCAAAUGCUGCCUUCCAAGAGGAAACCCCUCGCCUUGCAAGAUCAACCUGCGGAAACUUCACCAGAGAAAGCUGAAGAGACUGCAGAAAAGGAAGAAGCAAAGGAAGAGGCACCAGCUGCCAAGAAAAACUGUUUGGGCGCAACGCCAGAAAUGAAAUGCAUUGAGGACAUGGCCGCGAUGGUUGAAGAGCAGCUGAAAAAGAACAAGGUGAAAACCAAGAAGGGCACCAAAAAGGAGCUGUCCCAACUCCAGUUUUUGGGCACCAAAGCCAGAGCUCCAAUUAAGCUGGAAAAUGUGACCAUUUACACGUGUCCAAACAGCUCGAGUUGGCGUGUGAAAAAGAACGACGAGAAGAAGGACAAGGCUUUCAGUUGGAAGGCCAAUGACCCAGAGACCACCUGGGCUCGCGUGGUGGCACACGUGAAGAAGCUGGGGGUGAAGUAG